ACCCUUCCCCCAAAAAAAUCAGCAAAAAUCUGAGAAAAAUGUUAACAAGAAUGGCAACAUUUUCCAUUCAAAUCUACCCUUUCUCUGUUAUUCUCCAAAUCUUCAUCUUCCUACUCUUUACAGCAAAACCCAUUCCCAUUUUCGCCCUCGAAAACAACCCGAACUUCGAUCCCAACAUUUCCCUCUUCGGCGACGCCAGGGUCGAUAACGGAACCGCGACUGUUUAUCUCACGCGCCGCCACGCUCCGAGUUCCGGGCUUUUGUUGCUGGACAAACCCUUCAGGUUCGUGGAAGAAAGCAAUGUGGGUAAACCGAUGUCGUUUUCGACCGAGUUUUCGUUCUCGUUGUCUCCUGGUGAUGCUGAUGAUUUAGCUUUGGUGUUUGUGUCUGGUGGGUUUCAUAAUAGGUUUAAUGAUCAAGGAUCAUUUGGUGUUUUUGGUGAAAAUUUGUUUCUGGGUAUUGAAUUUAAUGAAAAUCGUGUUGGAAUCGAUGUGGGAAGCCUUGAAUCUGUUAAAGUUUGUGAUUUGUUAUCUUUGAAUCUGGUGUUGAACAAUGGUGAACCAUUGAAAUCUUGGGUUGAUUAUGAUUCAGCCUCUAAGAUCUUACAAAUUCGAUUGAGUAAAUCGGACGAAAAACGACCUUUCGAUCCGAUUCUAGCGUAUCGGGUCGAUUUGUUGGAAAUGUGGGGUGAUAAGGAUGUUUAUGUUGGUAUAAUAUCAAGUAACAUUGAUGAAUUUAAUUCACAUGGUAGCAGCAGCAGCAAUGUUUAUUCAUGGAGGUUUAGGGUUAGGCAUGCUUCGAGUUCGAUGCAUUCGUUUCCGCAGAUCCACGCCGAAUUGUCGAUAAGGAUACUGAUGAAUUUAGAUCAGGGGAAAGUGAAUUUUUUGCAUUGACAUUCUUAGCAGGGUUGAUUUUCGGUACCGGAUGCGGAGCCUUGUUCGCGUUCAUGAUCCUGUUUAUGUGGGCAAUUUUAAUUAGCAGGCACAGGGUCUUCCCGAUCGAGAAUCAAGCGAGUUCCGAAGAGACCAGAUACGAGAAAAUCGAUGUUAUCGUAGAGAAGGACAAUCGAUUCGAUAAGAUUUAAUUGACAGAACUUAUAUAUAGUUAGCUUGUGAUGGUCGUCACUAACUUGUGUGACAAGCUUAUGUAUUUUUUGUUGUUGUGCACUGCUCUGUACGUAUAUAGCCUGUUUUGCAAUGCAGUCAUUGCCUUCUGCAAGAUCUGUUGCUUCAAUUUGAGUUGAAUCUUUAUAUGUUUCUUCGAGUUCAAGCAUCGUCGUGUCGGGGAAAAGAGCGGGAAAACAGAGGAAAGAGUUAUGUGCCAUGAAUGAAAUGCUCCAUCUGAGAAGUU